CCCCCGGGAACGAGCUUGAAACCAACGCGACUCGGCUCACUCGGCCGAUCCUCUCUACAUUAGAAAGGAAGCAGGAGAGUUUUCUUUGGUCUGUGGCUCUGUUGCGCGGGGUUGGAACUUGGGAGUCUCUCUGGUUGGAGGAGUCUGUUGCUCGUUGCGAGGGCGAAAUAUUAGCGACAUAAGCGCCCCUUUUCUGCGUUAUCUCCCUCUCUCUCCGCAGUUCCAUUGUUGCCUUCCCGUCUUCCCCGCGCCAUUUCGCCGAGUUUCUCUGCUGCCGCUUGAUCCACUCACCCGCCUUCUCCGCCACUCAACUCUCUCUCUCUCUCUCUCUCUUUCCGGCAUAGCGCUUCUUGAUCGUCGUCUCCCAAGCUGUGUAGCGUCUAAUUCAAUUACGAUGUUCGGCUCUCCAAAUCGAUUGAUUGUUAUUGAAACAAUGCCUCAGCAGCGUUUUAUAUCAAUGACACAUUUUAAUGAUCUCUGUAAUUUGCCAGCUUUUGGGCAGACAUCAAGUAGCCCUUUUGGGUCAUCGGGCUUUGGCCAGACAAGUGCUCCUACAAAUAAUCCUUUUGCACCCAAACCCUUCGGCAGUCCAGCCCCUUUUGGUUCUCAGACUGGUACUUCGAUGUUUGGGGGAACUUCAACGGGUAUGUUCGGCACACCUCAAACUUCCUCCCCUUUCCCAUCUACGACAACAUUUGGGGCCUCGUCAUCUCCUGCUUUCGGGAGCUCAAUGCCUGCGUUUGGAGCAUCUAGCACUCCUGCUUUCAAUAGUUCUUCGUCAACAUUUGGUGGGUCGUCUGGUUUUGGUCAAAAGCCUGCCUUUGGAGGAUUUGGGUCUAGUACAACUCCUAGCCCAUUUGGAGGCACUAACCAGCAAUCACAACCUGCGUUUGGGAGUAGUUUGUUUGGUUCCACAACACCUUUUGGGGCAGGCUCUCAGCCUGGAUUUGGUGGGACCAGCACCCCUGCCUUCGGCUCAACAAGCACUCCUGCCUUCGGUUCAACAACCACCCCAGCUUUUGGUGCUCCAAGCACUUCAGCGUUUGGUGCCACAAGUACUCCAGCUUUUGGAUCAACAGCAAGCCCCGCUUUUGGCAGCACAGGAGCAGCCUUUGGUGUGUCUAGUACCCCAGGUUUUGGAUCUUCCGUUUUUGGCUCGUCAAGCACUCCAGCUUUUGGUGCUUCAUCUUCUCCGGUUUUUGGGGCUGCAAGCAGUCCAGCAUUUGGGGCUUCAAGUGCUCAAACUUUUGGUGCAUCUAGUACUCCAUCAUUUUCCUUUGCAUCCAAUUCAGCUUUCGGUCAGUCAACUUCUGCGUUUGGAAGCAGCCCCUUUGGAGCACAGAGCUCUGGAUUUGGGUCCCAGGCCACAACACCAACAUUUGCAAGCUCAGGCUUUGGGCAGGCACCAUUUGGUACGCAACGAGGUGGAAGUAGGGCGGCACCCUAUACAGCAACUCCUGACACAGAAACCACUGGUACAGGUGGGCAAGCUGGGAAGUUAGAGUCAAUAUCAGCCAUGCCUGUCUACAAAGAGAAAAGCCACGAGGAGUUACGAUGGGAGGAUUAUCAAUCAGGAGACAAAGGCGGGCCUACUUCCUCUGGCCAGCAACCUGGCGCUGUCAGUUUUAAUGCACCGGCAGCACAGUCUAACCCGUUUGCUCCUUCAUCCGCAUUCGCUCAAACUUCUGCUAAUCCUUUUUCUGCGACUACGUCGUCUAAUCCAUUUGCUCCCAAGGCUUUUGCUCCAUCAGCUACCUCAGCUUUCAGUUCUUCACCUUUUAGUGCUCCAACCGCAGCUAACCCUUUUCAGUCAUCAUCAUUUCCGUCCUCAUCGAGUAGUCCAUUUGCCUCGACAUCUCCAUCUCUCUUUGGCCCAUCAAGCACAACGAGUUUCGCUUCCACGCCAUCCCUGUUUACUUCUAGUGCCCAGGGAACAACCUCAACAUUUAACCCUACCAUGGCUUUUCCCAAUAGUUCUUCUACAUUGUUCCAAUCGACCGCACCUUCGCUUUCACAACCAGGUUCUGGAUUUGGACCAGCUACUUCUUCCUUUGGACCUAGUUCCACCUCUCCAUUUGGUCCUUCAAACGCUUUCAGCACCCCAGGAACCUCGCUUCAAGGAAGCCUUUUCUCAAGUACUCCGUCUUUAUUUCCUUCAACUAACCCUGUCUCUAAUGCGACACCUUUUCAACUGCCUCAAUCUAGCUUUAGUAACUUCAGCCAGUCUCAAGGUGGCACAAGUUUGUUUUCCAAUACACAUGGUCAGAACAAUUAUGCACAACAGUCUAUCGGACAGAGCACUGCUGCUGUACUUCCAGCACCUGUGACAAAUCCUUUUGGCACUCUCCCAGCAAUGCCUCAGAUAUCUAUUAGUAGAGCUGGAACUACACCUUCUGUGCAGUAUGGGAUCUCUAGCUUGCCUGUUGUUGACAAACCUGCACCUGUCAGAGUAUCAUCCUUAUUGACCUCUCGACACCUGUUGCAAAGGCGGAUCAAGAUGCCUGCAAGGAAAUAUAAUCCGAAACAUGAUGGUCCAAAGGUUCCAUUUUUCAGUAACGAGGAUGAAUCUUCCAGCACACCCAAGGCAGAUGCCCUUUUUGUUCCUAGGGAAAAUCCAAGAGCUUUGACUUAUGAUUGUGUAUCUCUAGGGAAAGUUCCAGAAGCAGCAAUGGAUGGAGAUGAUGUUUCUUCCUUGAAUGGUACCAACAAGGCCAGUGACAAAGAUAAGAACCUGGCGGGUGAAAAUGGCCUUGGCAACAAGGAGCAUGUGGAACUGAAUCAGAAACUCAAUGGACGAGUCCAUCACGAAGAUCAUUCUAGCCAGAAACUCAAUGGUCACAGAGCUGGAGAAGCGGCAAUAGUGUACGAGCACGGAGCAGACAUCGAGGCACAAAUGCCAAAACUCCGUCGCCCCGACUACUACACAGAGCCGCGGAUCCAGGAACUGGCGGCUAAAGAGAGGGCCGAAUCAGGUUAUUGCCGCCGCGUUAGGGACUUUGUGGUCGGACGUCAAGGCUUUGGGAGCAUCAAGUUUCUGGGCGAGACGGACGUGCGGAGGCUUGAUCUGGAUGCUAUCGUCCAGUUCAACACUAAGGAGGUGAUAGUGUACGAGGACGACGAGAAGAAGCCACCUGUGGGACAAGGUCUGAAUAAGGCUGCUGUAGUCACGCUUCUCAACAUAAGGUGCGUCGACAAAGCUACCAAGAAAGUGUUCACAGAAGGGCCAGUGGCGGAGAGAUACACGGAGCAGCUGAAGAGGAAGACUAAGGAACAAGAUGCUGAAUUCGUGUCGUACGAUGCUGCAAAGGGCGAAUGGAAGUUCAAGGUUGAGCAUUUCAGCGCGUACAAGCUUGUGGAGGAAGAAGAAGAAGAAGAAGAAAAUAUUUGCGAGAAUCGUGUUGACUAGUAAUGGUGCUGGAUGAUUUGUUAUAUAAAGACUCGAUGUCUCGAGCCCGAAGGUUGUAUAGUAUACUACUGCUAUGUUCCAGAGAAUAGCGUGCUUGUUUCUAGUUCCUGCUCACCUGUUGUUGGUUGUCCCUUCUUCCAGGUCGUGUUUGUUUCUGAAUCGGGAUCCUUAUGUCUCGUUUGCCUUCAUUUUUCGACCUUGUGCAGAUAGCUGGUUUAAAAUAAUAAUAUGGGUGGAUUUAUGGGGGUUGAUUCAUUGACACCAUUGUAUCAAAAUAGAUAAAAUAUUUCAAGGAAAAGAACAGUAUUGGCAAGUGAUAACGUGAGGAAUACUUGUAACAUUUUGAGUUCGAAUCUUUGGGCCAAGUAUCAAGCAAAUACAG